AUCAGACAUCACCAACUCCGCUCCCGCCUCCGCACUCCACCUCCCCACAACCCAUCGAUACCCUUCGUGCCAGAGCGUCAACAUGGCCACCGAGCGUCUGAAUUCGAUCCUCUCCCACAUCAGCCCGGCCAAGAAUGGCCUCGCUGCGAUCACCCAGAAGAACCCGGAUGACAUCGUCAUCACGCUGGCUAUCCGCACGCCGCUCACCAAGGCCAAGAAGGGCGGAUUCAAGGACACUCCGCUCGAUGGCCUCGUCUUCAAAUUGCUGCAGCAGGUCAUCAACAAGUCGAAGCUGGACCCCCAACUUGUCGAGGACAUAUGCUUAGGCAAUGUCAGCGACGCAAAAGCAGCAUACUAUGUUCGUGCCGCAAUGCUAGGCGCAGGGUUCCCGAACACGACGGCCGGAUCAUCCGUCAACCGCUUCUGCAGCUCGGGCCUCAAAGCCGUGCAAGAUAUCGCAAACCAGAUUUCCAUGGGCAACAUCGAGAUCGGUCUCGCGAUGGGCGCGGAGUCGAUGACGGCGGGUGGCGACCGUCUGGAGCGGCCUUUCUUCGACGAAAUUCUGCGCAACCAGGAGGCGUGUGACUGCAUGCAGCCCAUGGGACAGACCUCGGAGAACGUGGGCAAGGAUUUCAACAUCACGCGUGAGCAGCAGGAUAGGUAUGCCACGGAGUCGUAUCGGCGGGCUGAGGAGGCGCAGAAGGCGGGCUGGUUCGACGAGGAAAUUGUUCCAAUCAACGUGCGCGUCAAGGACCCCAAGACCGGCGAGGAGAAGACGGUUACCCUCACUAAAGACGAGGGACCUCGCUACGGUACGACAUACGAAGCACUUUCGAAAAUCCGUCCAGCCUUCCUACCCCAUGGCGACCGUAGCCAUGGCGGUAACUCCAGUCAAGUGACGGACGGCGCGGCUGCUGUGCUCUUGAUGAAGCGGUCCAGAGCUGAAGAACUUGGCCAGCCCAUCCUGGGCAAGUACGUUGCGGCGACAGUGGCGGGUCUUGCGCCGCGUAUCAUGGGCAUUGGCCCGUCAAUCGCGAUUCCGAAGCUGCUGACCAAGCUCAACAUUGGCAUCGACGACAUCGAUGUAAUCGAACUGAACGAAGCGUUCGCGUCCAUGGCGGUGUACUGCAUUAACGAGCUUAAGCUGCCGCAUGAGAAGGUUAACGUGCGUGGUGGUGCCAUUGCGCUUGGUCACCCGCUCGGAUGCACCGGCGCUCGCCAGAUUGUUACUGGGCUGGCAGAAUGUCGUCGCCAGAAGAAAAAGAUACUGCUCACAAGCAUGUGCAUCGGCACUGGCCAAGGGAUGGCUGGCUUGAUUGUUAAUGAGCAAGUGUAGUUUGGGGUUGAGUUGUGGUGUGGCAGCAUGGGGAGCGGGUUUUCGCAAUCAAAAGAAUGAAAAGACGUCUCCAUGUGAGCAACAACACUUCGAGGGUCUUGUGAAUGCGAAACGGGAUAAUUAGGCUGAAAAUGAACAGAUAUCUACUUAAUAGUGUCUAAGCAGUGACUUGCUCAUCUUCAAAAAAUUGGUUGCGUGAGUUGAGGCUCCAUACUCAACGCCAGCCAACGUGUAUAUUUGUAUGCUGACUGGAACAGCUUCCGCUAGAUCUGAAGUAUUGAAUAGUGUAAUAGUAAAUGAGC